AUAUUAAAACAUAUGGAUCAUCCUUAAAGUCAGGCAACUAGCAUUUGCUGAAUGAGAAGCAAUGGCAGCCUUCAUAUCUCUCAGCAAAGAUUUCCUUUAACUAAUAAGACCAAGAAUAAAUGAUUUUGAGAUAGCAUGGUUAGAAAUACUGUAAGAUACAAAACAAUAUAAAUAACCAUGAUUUCAUCAUAGCUGUAGCAUUGGGCUCCCUCAUUCAUCUGAAAAAGCUGUAUUUGCCAGUGGGCACCGGAAUGACUCAUGCUGCUAAAUGCAUUAUUGAACAGUUCCAGAACCUUGGUAACCUCCAGUUGCUUGCCAUGAAGGAGAUUCUUGAUGAUGAAUCUGUUGCACUUUUAGCUGAUGCUACAAGAAACGGUUAUCUGAAAAAGCUUCAAAAACUUGAACUCCAAGUCAACUCCAACAUCACUGAAUCUGGGUGGAGAACAUUUUUUGAGAGAUCAGAUCACAUGCCAGAGCUCGGUAACCUGAAUAUAACUCGGAUGUACACACAGCAGAUCAAGUCCCACGCUACCACUGUCACUUCCUUUGUGCGAUUUGUGUCCAGACUACCACGCCUGGUGACCAUACAAAUGUUUGGCUGGCUGCUCGAUAAAGAUGAUUUAAAUAUGUUUAACACAAUGAAAAAGAGUCACCCUCAAGGUAAACGUUUAAACCUUGUGUGGCAGUGGGUGUUGCCAUUUUCACCCAUCAUUGAGAAU